AUGGCUUAUCAUUCACAAUUUUCAAAUACUAAAUUUCGCCUUGGCAACAUGGCAGUGUUACCAAUAAGAACACGUUUUAAAGGACCAGCACCGAGUGAAACAUCUAUUGAAAAUGAAGAUAUCAUUGAUGAAGCAUUAAAAUAUUUUCGAGCAAACAUUUUCUUUCGUAAUUAUGAUAUAAAAAAUGAUGCUGAUCGAACAUUGAUCUAUCUCACAUUAUAUAUAACAGAGUGUUUGCGUCGAUUACAAAAGUGUCAAUCCCGUAUUCAAGCUCAAAAAGAAUUAUCAGCAUUAGCUAUCUCGACAUUUCCAACACCAGGCGAUUCUGAUUUUCCACUGAAUGGAAUGUUUACUAAACCGUCUCACAAUGAAAUGGAUCGAAUGAAAGAAUAUUUACAACAGUUAAGACAAGAAUGUAGUGAAAGAAUUUUAGAUCGAGUUAUUGAUUCAACAACAGAUAAACCGUCAAAGGUAAGUGAUAGACAACACUGGCAUAUUUAAUUUUGUUAAACAAUGUUGUAUUUAAUUAUCUCAUUUGUUUUGUAGUGGUGGCUGUGUUUUGUUCGUCGUCGAUUUAUGGAUAAAAGUCUUUUAAAUAUUGGUCAGAUAUAAAUGUUUGUAUGAUUUUCCUGUAUUUAUAACAAAAAUAGUAGAUUAAAAAUUGUGUUCAUUGUGAAUUUUUUAUGUGUAUACAUUAUUAGUGGCUAGUUUUUCUAGAUGAGAUUGAUGUGAAAACGAUGUAGAUUAAUUGUUUUUUUUGCCGUCCAUUUUGAUUUUUAAUGUUUAACAGAUAUAUAAAUAUCUUUAUUGUUAUUGAUUUUGAACUCUUUUUUUCAUAAAUGAUUUAGACUCAUGUUUUUCUUUAUAAUAAAUUUAUACAUUACAAAUUAAAUUUGAAUAGCAGGUCUAUUUAAAGAAAAUAGAUAAUGAAUUCAUUAAAGUCGAAAAGAUGCUGUUAUUUUCAUUGGACAUUUACAUUCUCUUUUCUUGAUGGUAUCCUUAUUCUAUCGAAGAACAAACAUCAAGGUGUGAUGGUGCUAAUUUUGGAUGUUGUAGAUGUUAUGGUGGUGAACGGCGGUUUAGACUUUUUAGACCUUUAGACUGUCUUCUGGAAUAUAGCAGCCUAGCCGCGGUGGGGGAGGGGAGAGCAGUUUGAGGGUGAGUCACCAUACUCAAACUCCAAGUUGAGCACUUUUGGACGUUGACCUUUUCUAGAAGAAAGUCUAAAAGUCUAAAAAGUCUAAAUUGCCGUUUACCACCAUAACAUCUACAAC